GCUUCGCUUCUCCUCGCUGCAGCCUCACGCCAUCGGGUAUUCUCUUUGAGUCUCCUGGCUAGCUGUCCAUUACCCUCCUCGAAAUCAAUACCUAUGGAGUGCAUGCGAAAUCAACUUCACGAUGGCGUUGUGCUCAAUGGACGGUAUGAAACCAUCUCUCCCCUCAACCAUGGCUCUUUCGGCAUGGUCUUCCAGGCCAAGGACCUGGUAACCGGCGAACCGGUUGCCAUCAAGGUCGUCACCAAGAGUACUGCCGCCAUCGAUUGCCCUUCCGCUUUCGCUGUCGACGAACGCUCCGAGGAGCUCGGCAUUCAUCUCCGCAUCAGCUCUCACCCCAAUGUUGUCAACUUGCUCCAGUCCUUCGAAACCGAGAACCACAUUUACAUGGUUCUCGAGUUCUGCCCGAAUGGCGACCUUUACGAAGCCAUUCGCCUGGGCAAGGGUCCCCUGGAGACGGAGCAUGUCCGCGACUUCAUGUUUCAGCUGGUCAGUGCUGUCGAGUUCAUGCACAGCAAGGGUAUCUACCACCGCGACAUCAAGCCAGAGAACAUCUUUCUCACUCAGUCCGGUACCAUGAAACUUGGCGACUUUGGCCUUGCCACUACCGACAACUGGUCCUAUGAGGUAGCCGUUGGCAGCGACCGCUACAUGGCUCCUGAGCAGUACGACCCCACCAGUGCUGGCUACUCGACCGCCAAAGCCGACAUCUGGGCUCUUGGUAUCUGCCUGCUCAAUGUGCUCUUCUCUCGCAACCCGUUUGCUGUCCCCUCCACCUCUGACCCCCUCUACGCCGACUUCGCUCUCGACCGUCAGAGCCUCUUCGAUGUCUUCCCCAACAUGUCUCAAGACACCUUCGAGGUUCUGGUCCACUGCCUCGCUGUCGAUCCUGAGAAGCGCGACCUGUCUCUUGUCAAGGAGGCUCUUGCUCGCGUCAUCAGCUUCACCACCGAUGACGAGAGCCUCGACGACUUCUGCAAUGAGGACCACGACGAUCCCAUCAUCGCCAGCGCGAACCGCGAGCCUCUCCGCACUCCUUCCAUCUCUACUCCCCAGCUCGACAAUGGAGGUUCGUUCCCCUGGGCCAAGGCUCUCGCCAUGUCUCCACCCCAGCCUUACCGUCAGCUCUCAGCUAUCCCGGAUACUGAGAUCUACGAUGACGACCUUUAUGCUACUUCCCGUACUGAUCGUGAGUGGUACGCUGUCAAGCCUGACAAUGCCUCGAUGGUCUCCUUCGUCGACUCUGGUCUAGGAUUGUCCUUCAAGUCCAUCGAUGACAAGUCUUCGGAGCCCAUCUCCAUGGCUCGCUCCAAGCCCAUGCCCAUCUCCGGCUCGCUCCCCGUCAACGGUGGCCGCCCGUUCUCCAGCAUGGCAUCGGUCUUCGGCAAGAAGCGUGACAUGAUCUCCAAGAGCUGGAGUGACCUUUGGGACGAGGAGGAGGAGGAGGCUCUCGCCGAGGUUGAGAACAUCUACCUACCCGACAGCUUCAAGCUCGAGGAGCCCACCGUUCUCUCUGAGAGCGGCUCCGGUGUCUCCACUCCUCGUGGCGGUCUAUCCGAGAUGAAGAACCCUGCCAUUGUCAACAACAGCAGGAGCCGAUCGCCCAAGCAAGUCCGUAGCGUCGAGAACCACGUUAGCGAGCACACUGGCUUCAUCUUUGAAGAGCACACUCCGGCCGCCGCGCGGUACUCUCCUCCCCCGAAGCGUUCUGCUGCUGAUAAAUGGGCUGCCCUUGGCGACCGCCGUCGUCAGCCGCAGACGCCUCAGAAACCGCAGAAGCCUUUCCCAUCGCCCAAUAAGCCAUCGCAGUCGCAGCCGCAGCCAACGCCUGCCUCUGCUCGCAAGCGCAGCAGGACUGGCAGCUGGCGACGUCCGAUCCACUGGGGUCCGACUCAACAUGAAAAUGCCGGUAUUCGCGAGAAGCCCAAGGGUUAUCCUUGGAACAUCAACAAAGACUGGCGCCAACACCGAGAGUCAUCUCCGGAUGACAUUGGUGAUUUGGAGUGGGUUGGAGGUUGGAAUGACCUCCACUUGUAG